AUGCUUCGUUUUGUAACUAUAUUCACUUUAGUCAGUUGCGGUCUUUUCACCGGCACCACAGCCGAUAUACUGGAUGGCCGUAUUGUGAAUGGUGUUGAUACCACCAUUCAGGCCUAUCCCUAUCAAGUUUCACUGCAAACCAAUGACGGCUUUCAUUUCUGUGGUGGUUCCAUCAUCAGCGAAGACAUCAUUGUAACAGCUGCUCACUGCAUGCAAUCCUACAAGGCUUCUCAAUUCAAAGUACGUCUAGGCUCUACUGAAUACAAUAAUGGUGGUGAAUUGGUGGCCGUGAAGGCUUUCAAAUACCAUGAAGGUUACAAUCCCACAACCAUGGUCAACGAUGUUGCUGUCAUUAAAAUGGCUACUCCGGUACGUGAAUCCUCCAAAAUCCGUUACAUUAAAUUGGCUGAAAAGGCGCCUUCCACCGGCACCACAGCUGCUGUGACCGGCUGGGGUUCCAAAUGCUUCCUAUUGUGCAUAACUGCACCCAAAAUUUUGCAAGUUGUUGAAGUAGAUAUAGUUGAUCAGCAGCAGUGUGCCUCCAGUGAGUACAAUUAUGGUGACAAGAUCAAGGAAACCAUGCUGUGUGCUUAUGCGGUGAAAAAAGAUGCCUGCCAGGGUGAUUCUGGCGGUCCAUUGGUUGCCAACAAUGUGUUGGUUGGUAUUGUAUCGUGGGGUAAUGGUUGUGCCUGGGCUGGCUAUCCUGGUGUUUACUGUGAUGUGGCUUCUGUGCGCAGCUGGAUUGAGAAGACUGCCAAGGAAUUGUAAAUUUGGAAAAGAGAUGGCCAUCGGAAAAUAUUAUUUGUUCAACAAUUGUUAUUACG